AUGGCAAUUGACACAGGUGCUGAGGUGACCCUCAUAAACCGGAAAACCUACAAAUUACUGGGAAAACCGGUUCUCCGACCAGCAGCACAAAAGUUGACCGUAGCAAACGGAACAACACUCGAAACUGCUGGCAUUCUUUCAUGCCAAGUCGAUCUUGAAGGAUCCCAAUUCACGGGAGACUGCUACGUAACGGACAACUGCUCCUUACUGGGUCUCGACUGGAUGAAGCACGAGAAGAAUGGUCAAAUACUGAACCCGAAGUUAAUUUCAAGAAGAAUUACGACCGUCCAAGAGAACCAAAGCAACUCAGAAGACUCUGAUACGGGACUUCGGGACAAAAUCCAGAAACGGUUUCCGUCAAUCGUAGACGGGAAACUGGGAAAGUGCACCAAGUACGAAGCGAAAAUAACGCUCAAAAAGUCAUCCACACCAAUAUUCAAGAAAGCUAGGCCGGUCGCGUAUGCCAUCCUACCAGCAAUCGCAGCAGAAAUCGAACGUCUGGAAUCAACGGGCGUAAUCGAGAAGGUCAACAGUUCGGCGUUCGCGGCUCCAGUUGUAGUAGUUCGAAAAAGCAGCGGAGGCAUCCGUCUCUGCGCAGACUACUCAACAGGCCUCAACACAGCAAUCGAGGACGACAACUACCCACUCCCCACCGCAGAGGACAUAUUCAGCACCCUGAAUGGCGGUACGUGGUUCUCGAAAAUCGACCUAAGUGAGGCCUAUCUGCAAAUUCCUGUGGACGCGGAAAGUCAGAAGCUGUUGACGAUCAACACCCCGAAGGGACUCUACAGAAUGAAAAGACUCCCCUUCGGCAUCAAAACGGCCCCAAGCAUCUUUCAACGCUUGAUGGACACGCUGGUGGCGGACCUCGAAGGCACCACGGCAUACCUAGACGAUAUAAUCGUUACAAGCAAAACGAAGGCCGAACACGAGAAUAGAAUUUUGAAACUCUUCGGAAGACUGGCAGAAUUCGGACUGAAAGCUCAACUCAACAAGUGCAGCUUCAUGAAGAGCCAAAUCCAAUACCUCGGAUUCAUCCUCAGCAAGGAGGGUCGAAAGCCAGAUCCGGAAAGAAUACAACCGAUUGUCGCUCUGCAGAAGCCUACGAACAUCAGCCAAUUGAGAGCCUUUCUUGGUAUGAUAACAUUCUACAAUAACUUCGUUCCGGACAUGGCUGAACUCCGCGAACCCCUAAAUAAGCUGUUGAAGAAAAACACUCCGUUCGUGUGGAACAACGAUUGUGAGAAAGCUUUCGAAAAAGCUAAAACAAUCUUACAGUCGGACCUGCUUCUGACUCAUUUCAACCCAAAUCUUCCGAUCAUAGUGUCAGCGGACGCCUCAAGUUAUGGCCUCGGAUGCGUGAUAUUCCAUCGAUUCCCAGACGGCUCUGUUAAAGCCGUUCAACACGCGGCGAGAUCACUCACAGAAACAGAAAGGAAGUACGCGCAAAUCGAAAAGGAGGCCCUCGCGUUAGUUUUCGCCGUUCGGAAGUUUCACAAAUACUUGUACGGUCGAAAGUUCACUCUGAACACAGACCACAAACCGCUAAUCACAAUUUUCAAACAAGGAAGCGGAAUAUCGGCUCACGCAGCCAACCGCCUGCAGAGAUGGGCUCUCAUUUUAUUGGAUUACACGUUCGAUAUCCAAUACAAGAAAACAACCGACUUCGGAGAAGCGGACGCGCUCAGUCGACUCAUCAGCAUUCGUCAGACGGACAGCAACGAGGAAGACAAAGUGAUCGCCCGCGUGGAAAAAGAAAUCCAAGCCGAACUCCAGACAAGCAUCAAUCGAAUGCCAAUCACUGCGGAACAAGUGCGGCAAGAAUCAAAGAAAUGCUCUCUGCUUCAAGCGGCAAUGGACCAUGUGUCUACAGGACAAUGGCCAAAAUUGACGAAAGAGAACGACCUGUUCAACUUAUACUCCAGAAAGGAUAACCUCAGCAUCGUAGACGGUUGUCUCAUCUACAACAAUCGGGUGGUGAUCCCACGAACCCUGAAGGAGAAUAUCCUAAUAACACUUCACGAGGGCCAUCCUGGUAUAGCUCGCAUGAAAACUCUCGCGCGAGAAUACGUGUUCUGGAACAAUCUGGACAAAGACAUAGAAGAUCUCGUGAGGAGAUGCGACCAGUGCCAAAGAGCAGGGAAAAUGCCAAAGAAAGUACCACUCGAGCCAUGGCCCGACACGGGGAAACCAUGGAAGAGGGUCCACGCGGACUUCGCAGGUCCCAUGAAGGGGGUCUAUUAUCUCAUAAUAGUCGACUCCUUUUCAAAGUGGCCAGAAGUGCUUCCCACAAAGAAAAUAACGGCGGAAGCAACCAUCGAACUUCUCGACGAAGUCUGCUCUCGAUACGGCUAUCCGGAGGAAUUAGUGACCGACAACGGCCUGCAAUUUGCGGCCUCUACAACGAAAGACUUCUGUGUGCAAAGAGGAAUCAAACAGAUCUUCACCGCCCCGUACAACCCUAUGUCGAAUGGACAGGCAGAGCGUUUCGUAGACACAUUCAAACGCUCUUUCAAAAAAAUGGCGGAAGAGGAGGGGACACCAGGUCAGAAAAUCCGGACAAUCUUGAGGACAUACCGGAGCACCCCAAAUCGGACGAUCAACGACAAAACCCCAGCAGAGCUAUUCGUCGGAAGAAAACUCCGGUCAAGAAUGGACCUACUACGCCCAAGCAGCGCCGCGAAGAUCAACUCUAUCAACGCACCAGGCCCAUCCUACAGAGCAAGGAUGAAGAACGAUUUCGAUCGACAUCAAGGCGCCGUGACGAAGACUUUCGAGCCGGAAGACUGGGUCUACGCGACCCAAUUCCGGAACAACAAAACUUCAUGGGUACCUGGCGUCGUGAAGAGACGCACAGGUGCGGUCAACUAUGAAGUCGACAUCGCAGGGGAUCUCGCUCGAAAACAUGCGAAUCAGUUGAAGAAACGGGAUACAAGAAACAGCCCGUCCAUCAUGGAGAUCGAGGAAGCUACCCUUAAACGGGAAGCCACUGAGAGUUUCUUCGGGAUUCCGGACCCGAAACGCGAAAAAGAUACUACUCUGGUACAGCCACGGAGGCCGGAGACUCCGGCCACCGGACACCCGAGCACACGACAGAGAGAACCCGAAAAUAGUUCUGCUCUGACCGCUGAAAACCCAGUCGAAGGACUUGGAGACCAACCGCAAUGCAGUGGUUGGAGCGGGACUCGGAACGGCUUCCGAGAUAUUGGACACCGGACGUCGGAUCGCGCACCAAUCUCUCCCGAGGAGCAAGCGACUACUCGGAAAAAGAGAUCUGUCCUCUCCCACCGGGAAGACAAGACCCGAGAAGCAACCCAUCAAAAGACGUGGAAAAGUCGGAACAAACAUCACUACUUCAGCAACUGUGCCCCGAGGAAACCGACUAUGACCGCGUACGGCUACAGGUUGGCGAGGAUGCUCUGCAUCGGGAUCCUCAUCGUCGUGGGAAUCUGGAGCCUUUCCUGGAUCCCCAGCGGACCUUCAGAAGAACCUACCACUCAGCCCCCGGAGGAACCUUCGGAAGCGCCUGCCAUCAAGUACGCUACCAUGCUACGCCACGGUAUCAAGCUAGUGGGGUGA